UUCGUACACUAUUCUCGUGCCGCCGUUCUUGUUUAACUUGUUCGUUUGUGUCCGUUCUUUUUGUGAUCUACACGAAUAAAAUCUGUUCAAAAAGCUCAAUCUUCAUCGUAUUCAUUUUGCAGAUUGAUAUCGUCGUCGUUGUCCCACGAACUACCGUGAGUAUUUGCAGCAUUCGGUUGCCGCCGACGCCAACUACUUAUACAGGGCGCGCGCCGGGUACACGACACACGUUGAGAAUCGCUUAAUACGGAAAAAUGUCUUACAAUCGUCGAAGUGGUGGUGGUGGUAAUUAUGGCGUUGGAAAUAACGGCAACUAUGGAAGUUCUUAUGGACAAAAUCCUAGCAAUAAUUUUAGCGGCUCUGGCAAUUAUGGAAGUGGAGGAGUUGGUGGUGGAGGCGGCGGCAGUGGAAAUUUCAAUGGAGGUGGCACUGGUCGUUUCAAUAACUUCAAUAAUUAUGGUAGAAGCCCCAAGAUGAGUCCUUGGGAGUCUGGUGUUUCUCCAGGAGGUGGAAUGAUGCCAAAUGUUCAUCCAAAUCAAAUGGCUCUAGCUAGUGAUUUAUUAUCUAAGCUAUUAGCACCUAAUCAGGGUGGAUAUGGAAGUAACCAAAAUUGGGGUCCAAACCCUGGAAUGGUGAGAAGACAGGAAUCAUUUAAGAACCAAAACCGGCGCAGGCCUGAUAAUCGCAAUCGUAGACCUCCUCCAAAAAAGGACGAUAAGAAAAAGGAUUCUAAACCUGAAGCGGAUAAAAAUGAUAAGAGUUCUACUAAUGAAACAAAUGGUGUCAAGAAAGAAACAACAGACCAAGAACAUGUGGAUUAUGAUGGUAUUCCAACAGCUGUAUUAUUUUGUCAUGUUUGUCAAAAACAUAUGUGGGACGGAGCUUCUUUUGAGAAACACGUACGCGGUCGUCCUCAUGAAUUGAUGAUGACAUACUUGGAUGAAGGGUACAAAAUGCAAGUAGAGUUAAUGCGCCACCAGAUAAAAGCAGCUGAAAAUCAAAGAGAAAUUGAUUUAGAGCGUAUGCAAGCUCAAAAUAAGGGAAAAGCAAAACCAUUGUUCCGUAAUUACUGUCCUAUGUGCAAUAUUAAUUUCUAUGGGCCUUUGACUGGACAUCGUAAAAGUGAUCGUCAUCGCAAAUUGAAACAAUUUCUUCAUCCAGAAUGCAAAAUGUGUGAUACGUUAUUCCAUACUCGUUUAGAAUGGGAUGAUCACAAAUUAUCUUCUGAUCAUUUACGUAAAGUUGGUGAACAACGCCGUCAAUUUAAUCCGGACCUUAAAGACGAUGAAUUUGAAUUGCUUGAUGUGAUUGUGAUUGAAGACGAUAUACCUUCAGAAGAAAUACCUGUUGCAUCAAAAUUAGAUAUGCUUGAUGAUCAAGAUAUGAAAGAUGACGAUGAUGAUGAUGAUGAAGAAGAACAAGAGGAAAUUACAAAGGAAUCUGAUGACAAUAAAGAUAAUGAGGUAGUUGCUUGUACCAAUGUUGAUAAGGAAAAAGAAGAAAAUGAUAUUCCCAAAGAAGAGAACGAUACUUCCAACACAGAGAAUGAUACUUCCAUGAUAGAGAUUGAUAAUUCCAAAGAAGAAAAUGAUAUUAAUAAGGAACAGAAUGAUAAUGCUAAAGAAGAUGCAGUAGUUAUUAAAAAGGAAAAAGAUGAAAAAUAUAAUCCUGCUAAUGUUGUUGGUCGUGAACUUGUAGUUAAGACGGGAGGAUAUGUAUGUCGUAUUUGUUCAAUGUUUAUGAAGAAUGAUGAAGAAGCAGAUUUACAUUGUCAAACUGCUUCACAUUAUAUUAACUUCACUACUAUCACAAAGUUACAUGCUAAAAUCAAUAACCGAAAGCGCAAAAUGAAAGAUGAUAAGAAAGAUGAUGAUGACAAUGAUGUAAACACAGAAGAAACUGAAACCGAAUCACCUGAGAAAAAAGCUCGUUUGGAUGAAACUGAAGAAGAUAAACCCGUAGUUGAGCAAAAUGGCAUAGUUGAGCCAGAAUCUGAACCUAUGGAUGAUGAAAAUAUGCAAGAGAUUAAAUCUAAUGAAAUUUGUAAUGAUGAGUCGAAAGCAAUCAAUUCUGAAGAUUCAGUAGUUCCAGAUCCAGUUCCUGUAAUUGCAGAUACUGUAGUUGCAGAUACUGUUGUUGAAACAAAAGAAGUUGUUGCUGAACCAGAAUCUGAACCAGUAAAAGAAUCUCCAGCUCCGGCUAUCAAAACUACUCCAACACGUGGUAGAGGUGGAGGUCGUGGUCGAGGAGUAGCAAGAAGGGGUCGAUCGAGUCGCUAAAGUCACAUUUAAAUAAAUAAUAAUAAAAAAAAAAAAUAAAUGGAGGAUAUACAACUUUAGAAUAAGUAAUUGAGUACCCAAUAAUUUGUAAUUUUUAAUGUUUUUUGUUUUUAAAUACUCUUCAUUAAUGUGUAUUCAAAAUAUCAUUUGACUUUAAAUAAAAAAUAAUCAUUUAAAUUAUAAACAGUAUACUUAAAUAUUUUGAAUCGUGUUCAGUAUAGUAUAUCUCUUGCAAUUGCAUUUUUAUUUAAAAUAUUUGUGACUUUUUUAAUCAUGGAGUGAAAUUCAUAUUUAUCUUAUGUGUAUAAUUUGGUUUUAGAAAUUAUAUAUUUCUAGUUUUUUUUUAGAAUUUUUUUUUUGUGAUAACAUUUUAUUUUACAAAGAAAAAGUUAACUAAAAAAACUUUAAUUUCUUUAUGACAUUUUUUAUUUGUUAAAAUUUAAAAAUAGUUUAAAAAAAAUAGCUGAAUUAGUGUAAUCACUUAUGUAAUAAAUUAUAUGCAUAAAUUGAAUAUUUCAAUGGUAUUUUGCUAAGUAAAAUUGGUUUUUAAAACAUAAUAUAGUUAAUAAUUAAAUUUAAUAUUAUAUAAUCUAAUUUUUAGUUUUAGUUAAAAAUUUAGGAACCUUCAAAAUAAUUGAAUAUAUCUCUUAUGUUUGUAUAACUUGCAUUAAAAAAGAAAAACUGUAGAUCAUACAACAUAAUGUAAUUUAUAUAACUUUAUUUUUUAUGUUCCAACAAAUUAAUCAUAACACAUCAGGUGCAUGUAUUCAACAUCAUUUAUGUUAAACAAGUGUACUUAACAUGUUAGCGUAAUCCAUAAAUAAUUGUAUAUGAAAUUUGUAUUUUUAACCUAAUAUUAUCAUACUCUUAACUACAUUCGUAUAUUUCUCGCUACAAUAUUUGCCAAUUUUAUUGUUUUUAAGCGAAUUGUACUUUUAUACUGCAUAUAUAUAUUUAUAUACAAUUAAUAAUAAAUUAUAUCUAAUACCUCA